UUAAAGCUUUAAAAUUCCUUGAAGGGAUUAAAUAUUAAAAUAAUAAAUAUUUCAAGUUUAAGAAGUAAAAAUGUUUAGGCUGAUAAAAGCUAAACUGAAGUGCAGUUCGAAGUGAAAAAUAUAUAAAGUGAAAUUUUCAUUUUUUAAUUUUUUAUUGCUAUUUUUUAUUCUCUUUUGCGCUGUCAUCACCAUUUUGACAACUCUCCCAUGCUUUGAAAAUAUUGCAUAUGUGUUGGAAUGGCGUGGUGUUAAUUUCUUUGUGUGUGGUAAGGUGGUGAAUUCGCUUGCAAACGGCUGCCAUCUGACGAAAGCGACAAAGCGCAAAAUAGGCGCGUGUAGCUUGCAAUUAAAGUUAUUGAGAUAAUUAAAUAAAUGUACUUUUCGUGAAAAUGAAUAUUUAUAUUUUAUAGCCUUUAGUUUUGUGAAAAAUCGGUGCCCCGGACUUAAAGUUAAGUCGCAAGAAGCGGCAAGAAAAGCAAGUAUCUUUGCUAAAUUCUAAAUAUUGAUACUGCGAGUAUGAAUGUAUGGAUUAACUUCUCAAAUAAUUAUAGAUUACUGGAAGUUUUGAAAAAAUGGGAACAACUGCAAAAGUGCUAACAACAACAAAUACUUUUAUAAAAUCAGUGGCAACUAAUGCAGUAUUUGCCUUGCAAAGGUACGCGUCAAGUUGACCGUAACUAUUAAAAACAUUUCAACGCGCUAGCGUAAUACCCCUCCCACCGUAUUUUCUUCUUUUGAAUAUUACCAAAAAAUCUUUUUAUCAUCGAAAACUGAAACAUGAUUCUCUUUAUUUUCCCCAACAUUUAUAAGUUCGUUGUGAAUUAAAUCAAUCGUGGAAGAUUUUAUGUACAUACAUAUUUUUAGUGCGACUAGCUUGCCAUUUGGAAAAUAACCAUCGACUGUCAAAAAGUUGAACACGAUUAAAUGUCACAAUUGAAAAAUUAAAUUCAUAAAAACUUUAACCACAAAUUCAGAACAAUUUAUACAAAACUCAAAAACUGAUCUUUCCAAUAUACAAGUAAACAAACACAUUACAACCGCAUAUUUUACAAGGUGUUUGGCGUAAUGAGUCGUUAUUAUACCAACAAUACUGGCGGUAGCAGUACCAAAGCCCUGAAUUUAACCGCCAGUGCCACUGUUAAAAAGAUGGGCACACGACGACAAGCUGAGCACGAAAGCGGUUUCUAUGAACAGAGUACGGAUGAUACACAUUUCACUGGUAGUGGUGGUGGUGGCAAGCGUACCCGUCAAUCUUCUGCCGAGCAGCACAUGAAUGGUGGACGAAGCAAGCGUCAGAAAGUAAACAUGGGUACUGCGAAUUCCACAACGCUGCCAGUUGGCGCUCAUAUGACUAUACAUAGCCAAAGCAAGUACACAAGACAGGGUGCAAUUACAACUAAUAACAAACAAGAUCAACGCAACCAAUACUACAUCAAUAACAAUAACAAUGCGAGCAAACGUUAUGCACAACCUCAAAUGCCUCAACAACAACAACAACAAUCGCAACAUCAACAAGUCAGUAGCUCGACGUCAAAUAAAAAGACAACAGCUAGUAACAACAAUAAUAAUAAUAUUAAUAAUAAUAAAAAUAAUUACUAUGUGCAACUUACUGCAAAGAUGAAUGCAUUACCAGUGGCCGAGACUAUCGAAGUGCCCGACAGCAGUGAUAGCGAUAACGAUGACAAGGCUAAUAGAAAAGCUAAUGGUGGGGGCGCCAGUAGUGGAAUGCCAACACUUAUUGUUAGUGGCAGUAGUAGCAGUAACAGUAAUAGUCAGUUGGCUGCCUCCCAUUCACAACAACAGCACAUUCAGAACAAAUACAAAUAUGAACAACAACACCACCAACAGCAACAACAGCAAAUGAGCGUCAAUGGUGCAAGUAGCAGUGGUCAGGUGUCAAGUAAAAAUAGGGAAAGCAAUCGCAAAGCCGAACUCGCUAACGGUAACAACAAUGCGGAAUUAGAACGUAUGCAACGUGAAAUUGAAGAAGUUACACAAGUCCACACCAAAUGUACAGCAACGGAAGAGGAAAAAGUGAAUUUGUCACAUUUCAAGCUGAUACGUGUACUCGGAACUGGGGCUUACGGUAAAGUGUUUCUCGUGCGUAAGAUUGGUGGCGAUGAUGAUAUGACAUUGUAUGCCAUGAAGGUGUUAAAGAAGGAUACAGUGGUGCAGAAAAAGAAGACAGCCGAACAUACCACAACCGAACGACAAGUUCUCGAGGCUAUACAACAAAGUCCAUUCCUAGUUGGCAUGCAUUAUGCAUUCCAAACGGAUUCGAAAUUAUAUUUAAUUUUGGAUUACGUCAGUGGCGGCGAACUCUUUACGCAUCUCUAUACGGCCGAGCAUUUUUCGGUGGCAACCGUACGCAUUUACAUUGCCGAAGUGGUGCUCGCUUUGGAGCAUCUGCACAAAUUGGGUAUUAUAUACCGCGAUAUAAAACUCGAAAAUAUUUUACUAGAUGGACAGGGGCACAUAGUGUUGGCUGAUUUUGGUUUAUCAAAGAUAUUCGAACCCGAUUCGGAUCAUCGUGCGCACAGCUUCUGUGGCACAUUAGAAUACAUGGCACCAGAAAUCAUACGCGCUGGUGCUACUGGACAUGAUCUCGCUGCCGAUUGGUGGUCUGUGGGCGUGCUCACAUAUGAAUUGCUCACUGGCGCCUCGCCUUUUACCGUUGUCGAACAACAAAACUCUCAAGUCGACAUUUCACGCCGCAUACAAAAAGUCGACCCAGUGCUGCCAGCCACAUUGAAUGAUACAGUCAAAGACUUUAUACUGAAAAUGCUACAUAAGGAUCCCAAGAAGCGUUUAGGCGGUAACAGUAAAAAUGCUGCUGAAAUCAAAAAGCAUCCCUUCUUCAAAGGUAUCGACUGGGAUGAGUUGAAGAGUAAAAGACGAAAAGCGCCCUUCAAGCCCAAUCUAGAUAGCGAGGAUGACACACAAAAUUUCAGCGAGGAAUUUACCAAACAACCAGUGAUUGAUUCCCCAGCUCCGGUUCCUGUUAAUACGCAUAGAUUGUUCCGUGGCUACUCAUAUGUGGCGCCACAACACUUGAAAUCGCGCAAAGCGCUGCAAAACGUCUAUGACGUUGAGUAUUGCAAAGAUCCGUUGGUGAAUCCAACAAAUAGUCCGCCCACGCUUCAAUUAGGUGGCGUUUUGAGCAAUGGCAGCUUCGGCAGUUGCUACACACUAACUGACACCGAAAAGCAUUGUAAUUACGUGGCUAAAGUAGUGUCUGAGAAAUUAUAUCGCCCUGCCGAAGUAGAUGCCCUGAGAUCUUGUAAUCAUCAGAAUAUCUGUAAAUAUAUUGAUACAUACCGUAAUGGCUCGAGCAUUUGGAUUGUGAUGGAGCAUGUGGCCGGCGGUGAAUUGCAACAGUUGGUACAUGCGUCUGGCGGUCUCUCUGAGUCACAAUGCUGUGAUAUUUUCCUACAAAUUUGUGAUGCUGUGCAAUAUUUGCACUCGAAGAAUUUCAUACAUGGCGAUAUAAAACCGGAAAAUAUAUUAUUUACCGAUACGCAAAUGAGACGUAUCAAAUUGGUCGAUUUCGGUUCCGCCAGCUACAACUCCAGGGCCGACACUUGGCAAGAUGUGCCCCGUUAUACACUCGAUUAUGCACCGCCAGAAAGUCUUACAGAUCCACAAUGCACAACGUACUCCAAAGCCUAUGACGUGUGGUGUCUCGGCGCAACACUAUACGCCAUGUAUAUGGGUCAUCCCCCGUUCAGGCGUAGUCAGAAUGAGCAAAUUCAUGACCGUGUCGUGAGGCAGCGUAUAAUGGAUGGUGAAAUGCAAACUAAAACGCCACGUUGGAAGAAUGCCAAACUUGCAAUGAGGCAACUAAUUGUAGACUUCUGUUUGCAACGGGAAUCCGUGAAACGUGCGUCAAUUGAGGGAUUGCUGGGACAUCAGUUCUUGUUCGCGAAAUUCGAUGAACUACAAAAGGUGCUGUGCCGUUUGAAUCGCCAACGAUCAGAAGAAGUUGAACACUCUGCUGAUGAGGAGGAUGAUGCGGAGGAAGUGGUUGACACAGAAAGGGAUGAGGAAGUGGCGGUAUCCGAGCUGACGGAAGAAUGCGCUGUCGUGACGAAUGUAGAUGAACUCGUAGGCUAUGAUAUGAGCGUAGAUGGUGCUGAUGCAAAUGUUGUGUAUGAAGAUAUUGAGGGUGUUAGUGCUGAACGAAAUGAAAUGGUUGAGACGGAGGAGGAAGUAGCAGGCGAAAUAGAAGAACAACAACCAGCGGUGCUGGAAGCCGAUGAACUAGACAACUAUAAUGAAUGGCAACAACAGCAGGCACAGCAACAAGCCAGCUCGUCGCACGAAUCCGAUACACAAUCGACACACAACCGUCUCGAGUCUGAAGGCGAUACAACAAGCGGCCUAGGACGCAGUAAAUCGUCUGACCACACAUUGAUCGAACGCCAAACAUUAAGUGUAAAUAGUUUGAAUGGACUAGAAGCAAGUGGAGAACAAAUUGAGUGCGGUGAACUCAUUGAACUUGAGUGUGUUACUAGCGAAAAGACUGUAAGCGCCGACGAGCUGAACGAUAGCAUGCUAGAGGAUGAAGUGGAAGUGAAUGGAUUUGCUGGUUUCGACGAAGACGAAAUUAUCGAACGUAAAAUUAACUAUAUUGAUAUACUAUUAGCACAGAUUGAGCAGAAUAAGAUUGCUACAGUUGAUAUUGACGAGAAUCAAUCAAUAGAAAAUGUGGCAGCACCAAUGAAGACUGAACCAGUCGUUGAAAAGACAAAUGGAGAUAUAAGUGCAAUUAAGAAAAACGCUGGUACUAAAGCUAAAAAAGCGUUUAGUGAACUGAAAACUAAUUAUAUGGCUAACGAAACCAAUAAGACGAAUAAUAAUAAAAUGGCCAAACCGUUGGAGACAAAUGAACAAACACAAGAUCUACGUAAGAAUAAUACAAUAAAGCAACGAAAUGUAAAACAAUUGCGUACGCGUAAGCAAUUGGCAAAUAAGAAAACUAAGACUGGCGCUAGGAGUAAAGAAGCAGCAGUGGCCACAGUAAAACAGGAAAAUGAAUUAGAAUUAAUGCCAAACACUGACGUAGCAGAAGAGAAUAAGCGUACUGAAAAAGACAGCAUAAGCAGCAAACCUGAGUUGACAUUAGCAGCCGAAUCGAAAACCAUACGAUCACGCCGCAACCGACGUAGUAUACGCUUGCCCACAUACGAUGAUGAAAACAACUGGCUCGGUGUAUCAACGCAAAUGCGUGCGAAAUAUGCACAACGCUUCAAAGCACGUUAUCGCUUUUUCACGCUUUUGCUAUUUAGCACACAAAAUGCUUUACGCUAUUUCAAAAUCGAACGUCGCUACUAUGAAUAUCAAACACCACAGACGAGUGAAGCUCAGGAACAGGAAGAGGACACGGCAAUCGCUAAUAAUACACAUACACAUGACAUAAAAAGGGAAAACAAUGAAGGCGAACAAAGUGAUAGGCGUGCCAAUAUCAGUACGGACACUAAAGAAAUGCUUCCAAAGCAACAAAAUGGUGAAAUCAUUACACCCAUAUCAAAAGCAACCUUCAAGGCCAUGACUAAUACGGAAAGACAGGCGCGACACAAAAACAGCCAAAGUGGGAGUCUGAAUGCCAAGCAUGAAAAUAACAUUAAGGAUGUUGUACCGUCGACAGCGGUUCAUUUAGUACCAGUUGGCACGCUACGUACGUUGCGUCAACGUCACGUAUACAAAUGAUUGGCACAUCUUAUGCGCAUUAUGGUGGAACUAGAAUUCAUAGUGGGCUAUAGAUGUGGUCAAAAUUACUACAUAUUUACUUUUCACAUCUUUAUAAGUUAUUUUUGUAAAUUCAGUUAUGUUUUCAUUCAAAAGCCAGCGGGAAUAAUAGGCUAUUGCAGCUUUGCGUGUAACGAAGAGGAGUACAUAUUAAAUGCGUUAAAAACUGUUUUUUUUUUUUGUAUAAAAGCUCUAUAAACUUUAGUAUUAUGCAAACGUCAUUUAAAAUGGUUAUACGCAUUUGAAUUUUUAUUUACAGUUAAUUAAUUUGUUUUUUUGCUGAGAAUUUAAUUGGUUAUUAGUUAUGCGUUCACUAUAUUGAGGGCAGGGUUGUGAGUUUUUCAAUUCAAAAAUAAAUUUUUGGAUUAAAAAUUAGAAUUUUUAUUUUUAAUCCCAAAAUCGGUAUCAAAAAUUUAAAUUUUAAUCCAUGAUUGUAAAUUUAAAAUUUAAUUUUUUAAUUUAAUAGUGAAAAUUGAAAUUGAAAUUUGGCAUUUGAGGUUAAAAAUAAAUUUUUAAUCCGGUAUUUUUACGAUUAAAAUUACCGUAUUUCAGAUUAUUUUUUUUCCAACCUGUUAUUUGGGAUUAAUUUUCUAUAAUCCGUUAUUUGUGUUUAAAAAUUGAAAACUUAUUUUUAAUAAAUAUUUUCAAUGUAAUGAAAAAUAAUUUAUUCAGAUGCUAAUACCAUUUUUUUUUUAAUUCAAUAUUUGCAACCCUGAUUGAGUCACACCUUAAAGUUCGCCGUUUUAAACCGAAUUGGUUUGGUAAGUUGUUGCAUUGCUUCAAUUGUGGUAAAUUAGUUCAACUGAGUGUAGUGUUUGGAAGUAAAAACUCAGCUAUAAAUAUAAAACCACAAAAACAAACUACACAAAUCUCAAUUAUAAAUUCGAUUGUUUUUCUUUUUUAAUUUUUUUACUUGAAUAUCAUUGAACCAGUUUUUUCUCCUCAACGCAUUUAAGUACUAUUCUUAUUACACGCCUAGUGUCUACUUUUUAUGUAUGUAUAAACUAACUGUCAUAAUAUUUUACUGCAAGUACUAAAACGGUAAUUAGUAUUUAAUAUAAUGAAUACAGCGUUGAAAGCUUAUUGUACCUAUAGUUCAAUUUAAACGAUAUUUAAAGAUGUGAGCAAUAAAUAUAAUAAUAAAAUAAUUAUAAUAAUACCGAAAAAACGUGAAAAAAACAAAAGUUAUGAUAAUGACUGCUAUUAAAUAAAUAAGGAACAAAUGCAUAAUUUUUUUAGUAAUAGUUAAUUGAGAUGAAUGCGUUUAUACAAAUUUUUAUCUCAAUGAAAUAUUUGCACGAGACCAAAAAUAAAAUGCGAAAACAGAAUGAAGUUAUAAAUAUGCAUAUAAAAACAAAAAAAAAAACUAAACAGCUGAAGUGGAAAAUUCGCUAAAUAAUAUGAAUGGCGCCAGCAUAGCCAACAAAAAAACAACAAAAUCUAUUUGUUUACUAUAAUUUCCAUUAAUGUUUAAAAAACAAGCAAAUGUAUACAAUUUGCUCCUCAUUUUAGAAAUAUACGCAGUAUAUAUACAUACGUGAAACAUAAAACAAAAAAAUUAGAAACAUAACAUUUUAGCAAAACCAAACAGUUUUACGUGUCUACAACACAAAAAACACUAAACAAAGCAAACGGAAUAGACACACAUAAUUAUAUGCGUAAUAUUAGUUUGUAUAUCCAAAACAAAAAAUUAAUAUUCAUUAUUACAUAACAAAAUUAAUAAUAAAAGAGAAAAUUGAAUAUAUUUAGCAAACGAUUAUAACGUUUUUUAAAUUAUGCUCACCAAACAGAUACGUAUGUACUAAGUCUAAGUGAAGUGUACUUUUCGAGUUGUCUUAAAUCAAAACAUGUAAUGGAGUUAAUUUAAAUAAAAAUUGUAAAUAUUAUUAUUCUAGUGCGUGUUGAAGCGUAUAAACAACAUUUACAUAUGAAAUUUAAAAUAAUCAUGUUUUUAUAAGAAAGCUAAAAAGAGAACAAAAGUAAAGAUAUGUUUAGUUCACGCCACAGAAAAUGCUGCGAAUUUAUAAUGCUAGCUCAUAUUGUUGUAUACAAUGAGUAUAAAUUAAUACACUUUUAGAAAUAAACGCUCUUUUUUUAA